GCACUUGCAGCACCAUCUUCCAGCUGGAGGCGUACGGUCUGUUGUGCCCCCAACAGUCGUACCGUUUCUUAAUACUGCACUCCUUCCUUUUUCUCUCUCCUUCUUCUUUCUCUAUCUUCUUUCUUCUUCUUCGUUCUUCUUCUUCUUCGUUCUUCUUCUUCUUCGUCUAUCUUCUCAGUUCAUCAUGGUGGCACCAGGCGAGAGCAGCAGCAGUGCAGGCAAGGACAAAGUGAAGGCAGGUGCACCCAAAGAUAAGCCACCGUUCGAGGCCCAACCAGACAAAAAGCAGGAGGCGUUGCAGAAGGAGAACAUCGUGUACAAGUGGAUAGUGCGGGGGCAGGCAACAGAGCCAAAAGGGUACGGCCAGUAUUGGGUCCGCUGCAAGCUCUGCCACCAGCAGUUCACUGCGUCCUCCACCCGAGCGAUGAAACACUUCAUGCGGAAGGGGAAGCCUUGUCCAUAUAGGAACGGGGAGAUCCUGCAUCUCCUGGCACUAAGGGGAGGGAAGAUUGAGGGGGAGGCUACAAAGAAGAUGGUCCAUCAGUAUCGUGUACAGAAAGGGAUUGCAGAGGAUACAGGGAUGGAGCCGACUGGUGCAUUGGUGACAGGCAAAUCAAAUGAGAUGGAAGAGCUUCUCAGGCCGCCGCCUGCGCCUGGGAGAGAAGUUCGGGUUGAAGGGCAAGCAGCGGUAGGAGCCCCUGUGGAGGACACACAAGACAAAAUAGUCCCUCCAACAGCGGGGCCCUCCUUCCAAGCCUCCACAUCCGUGUCAAAGUCCACGAGAACCACACAGACCUCGAUCCGGAAGUGGGCCGAGAACGCAACCCAGAAGAGGUUGGACACCCAAUGGGGGAGGGCGUUGUUCAGGUCCGGGGUCCCUUUCAAUUUCGUCAGACAAGAUGAGAYGCGCGCCCUCCAUAACCUGUACAUGCAAUUGGGGGCCACCAAGGCGAAGGUGGACAUGUCGAUGUUCGAGACAGUCCGCACCGCCAUAUUGGAUCUUGUGUAUGACCAGGUGAAGCAGGAAGUGCGACCCGUGAUGGACAAGUGGGACAUUUCAGGCUGCACACUCAUCACAGACGGCACUACUGAUCGAAGGUGGAGACCCGUCAUCAAUUUCAUAGGCGUCGGGGAAGGAGGAGCAGUGCUGAUCAAGGUGGUUGACAUGAGCCAUAGGAAGACGAAUGCGGCUGCCAUUGCCAAGUUAUGGGAGGAGGUAAUCCGGGAGAUGGGGGUCCAUAGGGUGAAUGCCAUCUGCACGGACAAUGCACAAGUGAACAAACGGGCAACGAGGAUCCUAUCUCUUUGCAAGGAUCCGUACAUUGCAAGGAUCCCCUGGGUCCCCUGUGCUGCACACACCUUGAGUUUGCUGCUGAAGGGUAUCGCGAAACUCUCGUGGGUUGCUACGAUUGUGAAGAGGGUGAAGAUGAUGGUGAAGUUCAUCAGGAACCACCAUUGCACAGUGGCUUUGUUCUCAGCAUGUUCAUUGGAGGAAAUGAAGACCCUCAUCAUGCCCACAAAAGUUAGGUUUGCCUCAACGUAUCAAAUGCUUGAGAGGCUGUGUGACAGGGAUUGGGUGUUGAAGGAGAUGAUGGAGAGGGGUUGGAACAACAUCCAUUGGAGCACAAGGAAGCUCCGUCGAAAGGCGGAACGAAUAUUCCUCACGGUCCGUUCCGACGAAUGGUGGAUCGAGGUGCAGCGAAUAGUCAGUGUCAUGCGGCCUGUGAACGAGUUGCUGCGUAGGAUGGACCGCGACGGCGUUGCACCCUCACAAUUGUGGGGGUUUGGGGAACUUUUGGAGAAGCGGUUGCGCAUGAUCUUCGGCCUCACGGAGGAGCAGCGGCAGGACGUCAUGGCGAUUGUUCAUGAUCGAUGCAAGAUGAUGAGGCAGCUUGCGCAUGCUGCUAACUUCUUGCUGGCGCCGAACAGGAGGGACCCUCGCUGGGUGUUGGACAAGGACAGUCUUUUGGUGCAAAAUGCCAUCAAGUACUUYGUGACGCAGCUCGGAGGGGAGACGUGGGGGUCGGAGCAGUCCCACGUUAACGUGUGGCAAAGCUUGUGGGCGUUUCAUUGCGAGCCUCCGACGAAGGAGGAGCGUGCAAAGGAGCCCAUGUGGGAUGGCUUUGGCWUUGCAGACAGCUGUCUUGAUCGUAAGACAKCAUCUCAAUGGUGGGCUUCAUAUGGUGGGAACCACAAGGAUCUGCAGAAGAUUGCUWCUCGUCUCACURCGAUGUGGAGCACGGCAACACCAUCCGAGYGAAAUUGGUYCUCCCUYGACCUCAUCCAUACGAAGAGGAGGAACAAUCUCUCAUCUGAGAGCCUCGCAAAGCUUGUAUACAUACACUGGAACAUGCAGCUCCAGUCUAUCCCGAAGAGCAUGAAGGACGRCUUCGUUGAUGUCUGGGCAUGUUUCUUUGAUGACCYGGAGGCUYCGCCCGCCAACGAUCCUGCURUUCUUCCACGACCCUUGGAGCUGGAUGAGGAGGAGGUGUUGCGACAGGCAAGAUUGAGGAAGACCCCCAAGGGAAGGGUUCCCAUCGGUACGUCUUCGGACGAAUCGGACUACUCAUCGAGCGAAGAGGAGAUCAUUUGGAGUGGGAAGAGGAAAGAACAGCCGCCACGAAGUGUGAAGGGCAAGGAGAAGAUGACAAUGGAGGGAGAAUACGAUGAGGUGGAUGAGGUGGACGAGGAGGCGUAUGGGGAUGUUGAUGAUGAUGAUGAUGACCCAGACUAUGCAUUCUACAGCCGCGGGCUCGGUGAGGAGGACGAGCAAGACAGGGUACGCGGUGUUCAUAACUGUCCUCCCCCUCCUCCAACCACUGGCAUCGUGGACUUGGAGGCCGAGGGAGCCUCACAUGAUGACCGGGAAAGGGCUGCGGCAAAGGCCCUUGCACAAAGAGACUGGGCAGAAGUGCAGAAACGCAUCGAGGAGGACAAUGCAAAGCGCUUGGCAGUGCCACGUCCGGGGUCGCUUUCGGGGCUUAGCAUGCCUCCACCAGCAGCUCGGGUCGUGGGCCCAAAGGACAAGCAGCAGCAGAAGGAGCAGUCACAACAAGGGCAGCAGGAGGAAGAGGAACACGAAGACCAGCGGCGACACAAGGAGCAACAGGAAGAGAGUCAGCAACAGGAGCAAAAACAGCAAGAGGAGGAGCAACACCAGCAGGAGAAGCAGCAACAGCAGGAAAAGCAGCAGCCGCACGAGAAGCAGCAACUUGAAGAGCAGCAGCGGCAACAGCACCAAGAGGACAAUUAGUACCAAGCGGAGCAGCAUCGCUUGGA